GGAAGAUAUUCUUUUACUAUUGUAAACCUUUUCAACCUCUUUUUUAUCCCUUUUCAAAAUUUUCUGAAGUGUUUCGUUUUUCGUUGAGUUUGUACUUUCCGUGGUCAAUAGCAGCAAGUCGACAGCAAGAUCAAGCAGAAUCCAUACCAUUGGAAUCAGUUAUACGGAAAGGAACUUGUCACUUAUUCAUUCAUUCAAUAUGCCUACUGCUGAAGGUAGACCACAGACUCUCUACGAUAAGGUUCUUCAGGACCAUAUUGUAGAUGAGAGAAUGGAUGGUACCAUCUUACUUUAUAUCGGUAUGUUGAAUUCAGAAUAGUCAAUGGGGAUAACUACUAAUUCUUGAUACAGACAGACAUUUAGUACAUGAAGUUACUUCACCGGUAUGUUUCUCUUGCACUAUUAUCGAGUUAACUUCCUAAUCGACCUUUAUAGCAAGCUUUCGAGGGGUUGAAGAAUGCGGGUAGAAAAGUGCGAAGACCAGAUUGUACUCUCGCAACCACCGAUCACGUAAGUUCUGUUUUUCAAUUUCAAUAGAUUGUGACCUGAUACCAUUUCUAGAACGUCCCAACCAGCUCCCGGAAAUUCCUUAAAAAUAUCGAAACUUUCGUCGAGGAAGAAGAUUCAAGGCUCCAAUGUAUGACUCUCGAAGAUAACGUCAAGGAUUUCGGAAUUACAUACUUCGGUCUUGGUGAUAAGCGUCAAGGAAUUGUGCAUAUCAUUGGUCCUGAACAGGGUUUCACUCUUCCGGGUACCACUGUUGUCUGUGGUGACAGUCACACUUCUACACAUGGUGCUUUCGGUUCUUUGGCUUUCGGAAUUGGUACGAGUGAAGUUGAGCAUGUACUUGCUACACAGACUUUGAUCACCAAACGAAGCAAGAAUAUGAGAAUUCAGAUAGACGGUGAGCUUGCACCAGGUGUUACCGCAAAGGAUGUCGUCUUACAUGCGAUUGGAAGAAUUGGUACAGCUGGUGGUACCGGCGCAGUUAUUGAAUUUUGUGGUUCGGUUAUUCGAAGUUUGAGUAUGGAAGGUAGAAUGUCCAUUUGUAAUAUGUCUAUCGAGGGUGGUGCUAGAGCGGGUAUGAUUGCACCAGAUGAGAUCACAUUCGAAUAUCUCAAGGAUAGACCACUUGCACCAAAGUAUGGUUCUGAGGAAUGGAAUAGAGCCACAACAUACUGGAAGAGUUUACAAUCCGACGAAGACGCCAAUUACGAUAUUGACGUCUUUAUCGACGCGAAGGACGUUGCUCCAACAGUUACUUGGGGUACUAGUCCGGAGGAUGUCGUUCCAAUCACUGGUUCCGUACCAGAUCCAGAAUCUUACACCGACAAAGGAAAGAGGGAGAAUGCUAUCAAGAUGUUGAAUUAUAUGGGACUUACCGCCGGAACACCAAUGGAAGAGAUUGUUUUGGACAAGGUUUUCAUUGGUUCUUGCACAAACGCAAGAAUUGAGGAUCUCCGAGCUGCAGCUGGUGUCGUCAAGGGUAAAAAGAUUGCUGCCAAUAUUAAGCGAGCAAUGGUUGUUCCUGGUUCAGGUCUUGUCAAGAGUAUGGCAGAAGAUGAAGGUCUUGACAAGAUCUUCAUUGAUGCUGGUUUUGAGUGGAGAGAAGCUGGUUGCAGUAUGUGCCUCGGUAUGAAUCCUGAUAUUUUGGCACCAAAAGAACGAUGCGCCAGUACCAGUAACAGAAAUUUCGAGGGUCGUCAAGGUGCUGGAAGUCGUACUCAUUUGGUCUCACCUGCUUCAGCCGCAGCUUCUGCUAUUGUUGGUAAGCUUACAGAUGUGAGAAAGUUUACCGAGGGAAGCAAUCCAGAGCCAAAGAAGGUAUCGCCGACUAGCUAUCAAGGCAAGGCACAUGUUGAUGAGCGUGUUGAGACGGAUGAUGGUGAGCGAGAGAUUAUUGGUGACCAACCAGAAGAUAAAUCCCCACACACCAACACAAUUGCUGCACGCUCUAGUGCCGGUCUUCCAAAAUUCCAAAUCUACAAGGGAAUUGCAGCACCAUUAGACAGAGCUAAUGCCGACACCGACGCCAUCAUUCCUAAGCAAUUUUUAAAGACCAUUAAACGAACUGGUCUUGGAUCAGCUCUCUUUUACGCUCUUCGCUUCAAUGAAGAUGGAACCGAAAAGCCUGAAUUUGUUCUUAACCAAGAGCCAUACAGAGCUGCUAAGGUUCUUGUUGUUACUGGCCCUAAUUUCGGAUGUGGAAGUUCUCGCGAACACGCUCCAUGGGCACUUCUUGAUUUCGGUAUCAAGUGCAUUAUCGCUCCUUCAUUCGCCGAUAUCUUCUUCAACAACACUUUCAAGAAUGGUAUGCUUCCGAUUCCUAUCACCAACCAAGCCGAUCUAGAUGCCAUUGCAGCAGAAGCAUAUGCAGGUAAAGAAAUUGAAAUCGAUCUUCCAAAUCAAGUCAUCAACGAUGCAUCAGGAAAGAAGAUUUGCAGCUUUGAAGUUGAGGAAUUUAGAAAACAUUGCCUAAUCAAUGGGCUUGAUGAUAUCGGAUUAACUCUUCAAAUGGAAGAUAAGAUUUCCGCUUUCGAAAAGAAGAUGACAAAAGAAACACCAUGGUUAGAUGGAAGUGGAUACUUGAAGCGAGGCAAGAAUGGAAAAUUGGCCGUCAAGCCAGCACCAGUACCAAAAACAAAUCGUGGUGAGGAGAUCAAGGAACCUCUUGAUUGGUAAAUUUUCUUGGGAUGGUUCAAGGGAGGACCUGGUUUUUCUGCUUUUUACUGCUUAUUUACGGAGUUUAAAUUUCCAGAGCUCGUCUUUUUGCUGGGAGCGAUUACAUACAUAUCCUAAUGUUGCGCAUAGGGUUUCAUAGUGGUGGAUUUCCGAUAUUUCUUUUACUUUUAUAUGGAUUGUCAGUUUGACAUGAAGAACGACGUGUGAAGUGAAUGAGAAAAGGAAAGACAGCCGAAGAAAAAUGGUGAUUUUUGCCAUGAACGGGAUGGGAUGGGGGAAAAUAAUGGGUGAUAUUAUGUGUUAUGAUAUCUAGAGAGCAUUACUGGAAUCUGUUUGGAGAUGAAAUGGUGGAGGGUAUAUCUAGAUAUUUUUGAUCAAAUGC